AUGAAAUAUUUGUAUUUUUUCGUGAUUUUUUGUGCAUUAAUUUACACAGCUGAGUCUGGGAAUAUUCUCGCGAUAUUUCAAUUUCCUUAUUUCAGUCAUCAAAGAUUUCACCAGACAGUUUUGCAAAUACUAUUGGAUGAAGGACAUACAGUGACUGUUUUUUCGACACAUCCACAUGAUUAUAAGGAUCAUCCGAAUGUGACACAAUAUGUCUUUGAGGACUCAAUCAAAAUUCAUAAAAAGUACACAGACAUGCUGAUGUAUAGGAAGAAAAAAUUGCAUUACAGUCAAAUUUUAAUACAGCAUGAAGCUAGAGCUUACUUUGAGGCUGCAGAGCAUGAAUUAAGUCAUCCAGAGCUACAGAAAAUGAUUACAAACACCAGUGCCUAUCAAUUUGAUCUUGUUAUAGCUGAAUGUGUCGUGUGUACUUCCUUUUUAUUUGCUGAAGUUUAUGACUGUCCAGUCGCAAUAGUAAGUGCCAUUGAUGCACCAUACAUGAUUCAUAAUAUGAUGGGAAAUGACAUCAAUCCAUUCAAAUAUGCAGAAUCGCUAUUCUUGCCUUACAUCCAUGGAGAAAUGACAAUUUUACAGAUGGUUGAUUCCUUAAUGUUUCAAUUAUUUUAUGAGUUUAUAUUCAAUUGUGUCCAUAUCUACAAUAAUGUGAGGAUGAAUUAUAAUCACUUCUCACAUUUAGGUUUGAGUACUGCAAAGUCACCAAAUCAUCGAAUUUCAUUGCUUAUGACAAACACUAAUCAAGCAUUUGGUCAUGUUCGAGCAACAAUGCCGCAUACUAUUCAAAUUGGAUAUACACAUGUUGAGGAACCAAAAGAAAUAACUGAUUUGGAGUUGAAAGACUUUUUGGAUAAGUCAAGCAAUGGAGUUAUUAUUAAAGCUCUUGGAUCCACUGUCAAUACAAAAAGCUUGGGAAUUGAAAAUGUCAAAAAGUUCCUCAAAGUAUUCAGUAAGACUAAUAUGAGUGUUUUAUGGAAGCUUGACGAGGUUGAGGAAGGUCUUGAAAUUCCUCCUAAUGUGAAAAUUGUGUCAUGGUUGCCACUUUCUGAUGCUUUAGCACAUCCUAAUGUAAAGCUGCUGAUCUUCCAUGGUGGAAUAUUUACAGCAUAUGAAGCUAUUGACAGAGGAGUUCCAAUGAUCACAUUCCCAUUAGCAUAUGAUCAAUUCACGAAUGCACGUCUAAUGGCUCAUAAAGGAAUCGCAAUGGAAAUGGAUUUGAAUAGUUUUGAAGACUCGGAGUUGACGUCAGCGAUUCAGGAAAUGACAAAACCAAAAUAUGCAGCAAAUGUGAGAGAAAUGCGGUCAUUAGCAUACGAUCAGCCGAUCAACAAUCGAGAUCUCAUAGUUUGGCAUGUUAAUAAUGCUAUAAAGCACAAACUAUAUUAUGCAAGAGAUUUUGGUAAUUUUAGUUAUUUUGGAACACCGUUGAAGCAGUGUUUCGUCUAUUUUGCUGCUUUUGUGCUAUUAAUUAUUUAUCUUGUCAGACGAAAGUUUAAAAAAGUUGACGAAAAAUUAAAAAAACUGUAA